AUAGAUCGAGGGAAGGCCAACACUUGAGGGCGUUUGUCAAGCAAAAUAGGAUGAGCUGACAUUUCGACAGGACAUGGCAGCGCGAAAAUCUGAAUUGUAAAUCACUGCAGAGUUGCACAUCUCUAGCUACUCAAGAAUACGGUUUACCGAAGUGUUUGAUGGAUCUGUGGUGAUUUGAUACUGAAAGUGUCAAAUUAUUUCACAGCUUCAGCAGUACAUUGUCCUUCUACCAAUGACCUGCCGUGUUGUCCUUCACAAAUUAGCUGACAUGUAUGGGGUAAGCGAUCUCGAAGAGGCUCUGCCAGUUGACCUAGUCCCAGUUAAGUCUGUCCACGUUGAAGUCUGUCAAAAUGCCAGCAGUACGAGACAACGAGAGGAAAUCAAAGAGCAUGUGACGAAGCUCCUCCAUCGUCAACAGGUGUCAUACGGAGACAUGAACAUCACAGAGUUUGACGAACCUUACCUGAAGGAACAUGUCAAGUGGAUCUCAAUAUGUGACACAGAGCUUGAAGGGUCAGGCCAAAAACAGGCGAUUGACUUGUGCCAGGCAGGGCUUCAUCUGCAUGUAUUCCAGUUGUCUACUGAUGGGCCAGCAAUGGAAGAACUAGAGGAUGAAGACAUGGCGGCGGCGUCUCAUUGGUUGCUACCUGCAGCUGAUUUUGAUGGGAUCUGGGACAACCUUAUCUUUGACUCCUCUAUCAAGUCACAGCUCCUACAGUACGCUUCAACUACCCUCCUCUUCUCCGACUGUAAGGUCGACUCUAACAUCAUCUCAUGGAACAGAGUGGUCCUGCUACACGGACCCCCAGGAACAGGAAAGACUUCAUUAUGUAAAGCAUUAGCACAAAAACUCAGCAUCCGACUCUCAGAUAGGUAUCACUAUGGGCAGCUGAUUGAAAUCAACAGCCAUAGCCUCUUCUCAAAAUGGUUUUCUGAGAGCGGUAAGCUGGUCAUGAAGAUGUUUCAGAAGAUACAGGAGCUGAUAAAUGAUCAAGACGCUUUGGUCUGCGUUCUCAUUGAUGAGGUGGAAAGUUUGACGGCAGCCAGAAAAAGUGCAGUAAAUGGCACUGAGCCGUCUGAUGCAAUCCGUGUGGUCAAUGCUCUACUAACACAGAUUGACCAAAUCAAACGAUAUCCGAAUGUCUUGAUUCUGACGACAUCUAAUGUGACAGAGGCGAUUGAUCUGGCAUUUGUUGAUCGGGCGGACAUCAAACAGUACAUCGGUCCUCCAUCACCGCCAGCCAUCUUUAAAAUAUUUCACUCUUGCGUCAAAGAACUCAUGCGGGCUAGGAUAAUCGACCCAGCCCAACAGCUUCUUGACCUUAGGGGUCUUGAGGUCAUGAGGUUCAUCGAGAAUGACGCCACAAAGCUGAGUCACAGACUAAAGGAAAUAGCAUUUAAGAGUGAAGGACUGAGUGGACGAACACUACGGAAGCUUCCAUUCCUGGCGCAUGCUCUCUAUGUAAAGACGACUCCAGUAUCCUUAGAAGACUACCUCUCUGCCCUCUCCGAUGCGGUGGACAAGCAGUUCAAAGAACGUGAGGAACUGGCAGAAACAUAAAAUUAAAAUCAAUCCGUCAACCAAGUAUUCAUCUACCAAAGGAAAGAAGUUUCCAGUCGUCCCCCCAAAACCCCCAAAAAGGAGUGAAAGCUGCAAAAGUUUUGAUAAGUGAAUCGGCUAAAAUGGAGUAGGUGUAUAGAAAUGUAUAUUUCAAUAGUGUCAUCUAUGUAGGGCCUAAUCCAAUUGCUAAAUCACCUUUCAUCCUGAGUUUGGUAAACUUUUAAACCAAAGCCGGGGGAAGGUCACAAGCGUGACAGUGGAUGGAAGACAUUUAAAGCCAUUAGACACUUUCUAAACAGAACCAAAAUUAAAAGUUCACAGAUUUACAAAUAACUUACAG